AUGGCUGCCUUUGUUAGGAGUCUAGUACUUGUCCUCAUGGCUUCUAUAUUGAUCAGUACUGUGUCCUGCGACGACGGUGAUGACCUAGACCCUUACGAAGUACUGUGCUCGCCGGUGUGGGGUUACUUCCCAUACUGUGCUAAGUAUUUGGGUGGUUUAUCCCAUAACCCGCCGAAAGCUUGCUGUCAUAACAUCAGAAAGCUCAAUGAAAUAGCUAAGAAAACCAAAAAGGGACAAAAGGUGGUCUGCUUUUGCAUUGAAGCUUACAUGGUUCCUCAAGAUUUUCGCUUAAAAGCUGCACGAAUCAAAGAACUUCCAAAGAAGUGCCACACAGAUGUUAUGUUCCCUAUUUCUGAGAGGAUGGAUUGCUCAACCCAACCACUUAGAGAUGCAAAAUGUAUUGAUGGGGCUAAAGGAUUUGGAGUGCAGCAGCAAUCAGGAGCUGGAGGAAGAGAAUUAGAAUGCGUUUUAGGAAAUUACUGCAAUUCAGAGUUUCCCUCCUCAGACGAGUACUGCCUAUACACUACUCUUGAUAUAAUAGCACGAACCCAUGUGUUGGAGACAGAAAAAUUAUCAUUAUCCAGAAUGAAUAUGAAUAUUCUGAGGCAAAGUCAAGAGCCAUUGCUACGAACACUUGCCCUCAAGAAUCAUCCUCUAAAUGUGAGUGUUGAAGAUCAAUUGGACAGGUUGAGAUCAUCACAAACAAUUUCCACUUCAGCUUACCUCAAGCUGAGUGGCCUCAAAGAUUUGUAUGAGUGUGUUGGUGAUUUUCUUCACACAACCAGAAAUGUUUUUUCAUCAAUGAAGGAAUGCUUACAGGAACUUGAAUCAUCCCUCAGGAGGAGAAAGGGUGGAGAAUCUGGCUUUGCAAGAGAAGUCGAAGCAUAUUUGCUGUCUAGGAAACAAUUAAAUAAAAUAAUCCGCAAAUGGUAUAAAAUUUUGAAGAGCAUGGAGAAGAACUGCAAUUCAGCAGUGGAUGAGGUUGGCAUGCUAAGAGAAGUUAAAGAAAUUAGCCUCGAAAUUUUCCAAUCUCUCUUGUCCUUGGUGCCUCAGCCAAAGGCAAGAUCAAGCUCGCAUGGCUGGUCUGUCGUUUCAAAAUUAUUUCAAUCCAAACGUGUAUCAUGCGAAGGUGAAUCCACUAAAUUGGAAAAGAUAGAUGCUGAAUUGCUUGCCCUAAAGCCAAGCAAAGACAUCAAUCCUGUACAAGUGCAAAAUGUAUUGAAAGGACUCAAGGCAUUAGAGUCAAACAUUCAGGAAGCAGUGGAGGAGUUGGAGGCUAUUUACAGAAAAUUACUGAAAUCCCGAGUUUCCCUUCUCAACAUUCUCAGCCACUAG